AUGAACCGAGACGGAAAGGUUCUCUUUGCUAUUGACAAGGAUACUGGCGACCAAGUUCACAUUGUGAUCGAGUGUGCCGAUCACAAGCCCUUGGUCGUUCAGAAAUCCCCCAUCACUAGGCACUCCGACUACUUCAGAGCCUGCCUGAAACACGAUUUCUGGGAAUCGAGGAGUUCCACCAUCCAAGUCCUCGAAGUUGACGCUGAGUUGAUGACCUUGUACCUGAGUUUCGCACAUAUCAAGGUCAAGAAGUCGCCCGAGCUCGGAAGUGUCGGCACCAUUUCGAUAACCGAUUUUCUGACCAUCGCCGACUGGCCGCGCCUCAUCAACCUCUACCAGCUCCUCGGCUAUAUCCAAAACGAGGAGCUCCUAGAGAUUACAGGCCGUGUCAUCCAACAGGUCAUCUCUUUCGGACACUGCUCCGUGCUCACCCCCGCGACGGAAGGCGCAGAAGUCGACCGCUGCUUCGAGGCCUAUGCGGAGGCCUUGACACGCUCGACCCCGACCAUCCAGCCCAGGCCAAGUUCCGAAAUGAAAUGGUCGCACGAUUCUUCAGGCGAGUUCAUUGUGAUGUUUUUGUUAGCCGUCAUCACGCGUUAG